AUGGCUUGGGAACUCACUCGCCGCCGCUUUGUUAGGGCCAUCAAUAGCAAGUUCAUCUUUGAUCGAGUGCCUCUACUCCAUGCGAUUAUCUUCUUCAUAGAGAUGGCAAUCGUUGCUCGGCUGGUGUCGAGGUUCAACGCCUACUACGAUGAGCGACCCCUCCUCACCAUGAUGGUGACCAACGCCGUCCUGGGUGGCAUAGCCGACACUGUCGCACAAACCAUCACAUCCGUUCGACAGCGCGCACUCCGCAAGCCGGGUGGCGUCGGCAAAGACGACUCUCUGGCCCUCGAAAUCCACGAGCUCGAUAGCAAGAACCCGCUCUACGACCGUGACCUGAUUCCUGCCUCCAAAGCUCUGCCGCCGCCCUUCGAUUUUGAGCGCUUGACUCGAUUCAUGGCUUAUGGUUUCGCCAUGGCUCCGCUACAGUUCAAGUGGUUUAGCUUCUUAUCCCGCGCAUUCCCAAUCACAAAGGACAGUGCCUUCGGACCAGCGAUGAAGCGAGUUGCUUUCGACCAGCUGAUCUUUGCACCGUUCGGUAUCGCGUGUUUCUUCACAGCCAUGACCAUUGCUGAGGGAGGGGGACGACGAGCUGUUGCACACAAGCUGAGAGAUAUGUACGUGCCGACACUGAAGGCCAACUUUGUAGUUUGGCCAGCAGUGCAAAUUGUCAACUUCAGGCUGAUGCCUGUGCAGUUCCAGCUGCCUUUCGUCUCGACAGUUGGUAUUGCGUGGACGGCAUACCUCUCGCUCACCAAUGCGUCCGAGGAAGGACCGGAAGCCAACGCUGCGCCACGAUCUCCCAAUAUCCGUCUUUCGGAUUGA